AUGCAAUUCGCUAAGCUUGAUGAUUCUCCUAUGUUCCGCAAGCAGAUACAAUGCAUGGAGGAAAGUGCUGAAUCUUUGAGAGAGAGAAGUUUGAAAUUUUACAAGGGAUGCAGAAAAUACACGGAAGGACUGGGGGAGGCAUAUGAUGGAGAUAUUGCAUUUGCAAGUGCCCUAGAAACUUUUGGUGGGGGUCAUAAUGACCCCAUCAGUGUAGCUUUUGGAGGCCCUGUUAUGACCAAGUUUACUAUAGCCUUAAGAGAAAUCGGGACAUACAAGGAAGUCCUUCGAUCCCAGGUUGAGCAUAUGUUAAAUGACAGAUUGCUCCAGUUUGUUAAUAUUGAUCUGCAAGAGGUCAAGGAAGCACGAAAGCGCUUUGAUAAAGCCAGCCUUAUUUAUGACCAGACGCGUGAAAAGUUUCUGUCACUGAGAAAAGGUACAAAAACUGAUGUAGCUCAUGCUCUAGAAGAGGAGCUUCAUAGUGCAAGAGCUACAUUCGAGCAAACUCGGUUUAAUCUGGUUACUGCCCUGUCAAAUGUUGAAGCAAAGAAGAGAUUUGAAUUUUUGGAAGCAGUCAGUGGGACCAUGGAUGCACAUCUUCGUUACUUCAAACAGGGGUAUGAACUAUUGCAUCAAAUGGAGCCGUACAUUAACCAGGUCUUGACUUAUGCUCAACAAUCAAGAGAAAGGUCUAAUUACGAGCAAGCAGCUCUCAAUGAAAGAAUGCAAGAUUACAAACGGCAGAUUGAUCGAGAAAGUAGGUGGGCUUCUAAUGGCUCUAAUGGUUCUCCUAAUGGAGAUGGUAUUCAAGCCAUUGGUAGAAGUUCACAUAAGAUGAUAGAAGCAGUAAUGCAAAAUGCUGCAAAGGGAAAGGUUCAGACUAUUCGACAAGGAUAUCUCUCGAAACGUUCCUCAAACUUAAGGGGCGACUGGAAAAGGAGGUUUUUCGUUCUUGAUAGCCGGGGAAUGCUGUAUUACUACCGUAAACAAAUCAGCAAAUCAUCUGGCUCUAGCAGUCAACAUUCUGGUCAGAGGAAUAGUUCAGAGCUUGGUUCUGGACUUCUAAGUCGAUGGCUUUCUUCUCAUCAUCAUCAUCAUGGUGGAGUACAUGAUGAGAAAUCCGUUGCUCAUCACACUGUGAACCUACUUACAUCGACAAUCAAAGUUGAUGCUGACCAAUCAGAUUUGAGAUUUUGCUUCAGGAUCAUUUCACCUACAAAGAACUACACUUUGCAGGCAGAGAGUGCACUGGACCAAAUGGAUUGGAUUGAAAAAAUUACAGGUGUUAUUGCCUCAUUGCUAAGUUCUCAGAUUCCUGAAAGGUUGUUACCGGCAAGUCCAAUGGGAAGUGGUCAUCAUAGGUCUACAAGUGAGAGCAGUUCUUUUGAAAGUUCAGAUUUUGAUCACUCUGCUGUUGAAGAAAGUGCGGCUGAUAGAAGUUUUGCAUCUUCACAUCUGGAGCGUGCCUCCAGAAAUUUAAACCAGCAGCGGUCCUGUAAUAAAAGUGAGAAACCAAUUGAUGCGUUGCGAAGAGUUAUGGGGAAUGACAAGUGUGCUGAUUGUGGGGCUCCUGAACCUGAUUGGGCGUCAUUAAAUCUUGGUGUUCUUGUUUGCAUUGAAUGUUCUGGCGUUCAUCGAAACCUUGGUGUGCACAUAUCCAAGGUUCGCUCUCUUACAUUGGACGUUAAGGUGUGGGAACCUUCUGUGAUAAGUUUAUUUCAGUCUCUUGGGAAUACUUUUGCCAACUCAGUCUGGGAGGAACUUUUGCAAUCAAGAAGUGCCUUUCAGGUUGAUCUUGUCCCUACAGGCUCGAGCAAGUCCAAUAAGCCACAGACAGUUUUCAUCACCAAACCUGGUCAAUAUGAUUCUCUAUCUGUGAAGGAAAAGUUCAUCCACGCAAAGUAUGCGGAGAAGAUUUUUGUUCGCAGACCGAAGGACAAUCAAUACCAGCUUCUAGUGGCACAACAGAUCUGGGAAGCUGUUCGUGCUAAUGACAAAAAAGCUGUAUACCGUUACAUUGUUAAUUCCGACGUUGAUGUCAAUGUUGUUUAUGAGCAAGCAUGCAACAACUCUUUAACCCUUGCCAAAGUCAUGCUAUUACAAGAGCAGGCAAACAAUGAUCAGGGCUCUAAUUUAGCAGGGAACACAUUGGACUGGUCCUCUAAUUGCUCUUUGAGUUUGGUAGGCACUAAAGAAGGCCAGACAAUGGACAAUCUCGAAGGUUGCACACUACUUCACAUUGCUUGUGAAACCGCGGACAUUGGAAUGGUGGAGCUUCUCCUGCAAUAUGGUGCAAAUAUUAAUGCGAGCGAUUUGAGAGGCCGAACUCCUUUACAUCGGUGUAUUCUCAAAGGAAGAUCUAUAAUUGCAAGAUUACUUCUUUCAAGGGGAGGCGAUCCUCGAGCUGUGGACGAGGAGGGAAGAACCCCUAUUGAGCUUGCUGCAGAAUCAAAUGCUGAUGAAAGACAAGUCCAUGCACCACCAACUGAUUCAAAUGGAUGA